GUAGUACUAGGAUCAUGUCCAGAUGUUUUUUCUGUAAGGAAUAAACCCCUUUUUUUCUUUUCAUCAUCAAAACCAACAGAAGAACCUCGAAGGAUAUGUGGGAUUUGCCAAUCUGCCAAAUCAAGUGUACCGAAAGUCUGUGAAGAGAGGCUUUGAAUUCACACUUAUGGUAGUAGGUGAAUCUGGUCUGGGAAAGUCAACUCUCAUCAAUUCACUCUUCUUAACGGAUUUAUAUGCCCCAGAUUAUCCUGGUCCAUCUCACCGAAUUAAAAAAACUGUUCAGGUUGAACAGGCAAAGGUUCUGAUUAAAGAAGGUGGCGUUCAGUUGCUCCUCACGAUAGUAGACACACCUGGAUUUGGGGAUGCAGUGGAUAACAGUAACUGUUGGCAGCCAGUUAUUGACUACAUUGACAGUAAGUUUGAAGACUACCUUAAUGCGGAAUCGCGUGUGAACAGACGUCAGAUGCCAGACAACCGUGUGCAAUGCUGUUUAUACUUCAUUGCACCUUCAGGCCACGGACUGAAACCGUUGGAUAUUGAGUUUAUGAAGCGUCUGCAUGAAAAAGUCAAUAUCAUUCCACUUAUUGCAAAAGCUGAUACCCUCACGCCAGAAGAAUGCCAGCAGUUUAAAAAGCAGAUAAUGAAAGAAAUCCAGGAACACAAAAUUAAGAUCUACGAAUUUCCAGAAACAGAUGACGAAGAAGAGAAUAAGUUGGUGAAAAAAAUAAAGGACCGUUUACCACUUGCUGUGGUGGGUAGUAACACUAUCAUAGAAGUGAAUGGCAAACGAGUAAGAGGGAGACAGUAUCCAUGGGGAGUCGCAGAAGUUGAAAACAGCGAGCACUGUGAUUUCACUAUUCUGCGGAACAUGUUGAUAAGAACUCACAUGCAGGAUCUGAAGGACGUCACCAAUAAUGUACAUUAUGAGAACUACAGGAGCAGAAAAUUGGCAGCUGUGACUUACAAUGGUGUGGAUAACAACAAAAACAAAGGACAGCUAACAAAACUUGAAACAGUUGAAGGCAUGAGCCCCCUUGCUCAGAUGGAAGAAGAGAGAAGGGAACAUGUGGCAAAGAUGAAGAAAAUGGAGAUGGAAAUGGAACAAGUGUUUGAGAUGAAAGUCAAAGAAAAAGUCCAGAAACUCAAGGAUUCGGAAGCAGAACUCCAGCGACGUCACGAGCAGAUGAAAAAGAACCUUGAGGCUCAGCACAAAGAGUUGGAAGAAAAGCGGCGUCAGUUUGAAGAAGAGAAGUUGAACUGGGAAACUCAGCAGCGCAUUCUGGAACAGCAGAACUCUUCCAGGACCUUGGAGAAAAAUAAGAAGAAAGGGAAGAUCUUUUAAGACAUUUCUUGACCACAGUACUCUGUAUCAGUUGCCAACUUGCCAGCCCAGACAUCAGUGUUUGUUGGAGCCAUUCAGCCACUUUUGCAAACAGUUGCAUCCAUUAAUGUUGGAUUAAACGGCAUGACUUUUUUUUUUUUUUUAAUUAAUCUUAAUUGAGAUUAAGAUGCCUUGAAUUGUUUGAGGGGUUUUUUUUUUGUAUACUUGGAGAACUAUACACUGCAAGUACCUGCUCCCUUUCUCUCCUCUUUAUCUUUUUAACAGAUGUCUUCAUUUUAAAAUCAAGGGAAAAAAAAUAAUUUUACUGUUGUAUAACCGUGGUCUGGAGGCUGGUAGCAGGAUGUUCCACAAUACAAGGACUCUGGCUUACAAUGAAGAUAAAAUUGCCAUACUUCUGUUGCAUCUUCUAACGUGCGCACAUUUAAUACAAAACUUCCAAGCAUACGGUUUCUUGUCAUUUCCAUUUUUUCCCUAUUUUGACACUUCCAUUGUUUAAAGUACACAUGGGAAACAUAGGCUUACAGCACACAGAUGGCUUCUUUGUUUUAUUCCAUUUUUUUGUAUUAUUAUGAACCAACCUCUUGUUUGGGUGAUACCUAAAAUAUAUGCUUUUUUCCAUUUAGUACCUUCUUUAUCCAAAAGAAUCUAAUUACUGCUUCCUUUUAUAAUAACAUAACUUUAGAUAUUGUUUUCCAAAUAUCAGUCUUAACUGAUUUAAAGUAUCCUAUUUCUUUGCAGUAGGCACCAGUGAGUAAAAGUUCUGUUUAUUUUUAAUUUUUGCCUCUAUAAAUACUUCCCUAAGAUUUGUGGUAAUGCAGCAGGAAUGGUGCAUUUAUAGGUCACUUCUAGAUACAAAUGUAACAACCUCCGGUUCCUACCUUUAUUGUGCAGUCUUUUUUAUGUUUUGCUAGAAAUGGGAAUCAUGGUCUCACAAGGAGAGGAACAUCACAAUUUUGCAUUUAGCUGUAUUCAUAUACUGCAUUUCUGUAUUAUUUUUUUUCGUUUGUAUUGUACAAAGUCACAUAAUAAACAAUGUUGUGAUGUAAUACUACAA